CUGGUUGAAUCUUAUUUGGAGUAAAGAGUUCAACACAUUAUUCCAGGAGGCUUGGAGUGGGCCCUAGGCAUAUGAAUUUGUACUAAGUACCCAGGUGACUCUGAGGCAGCCAAGCCAGUAUUUGGGGACCACUGAUCUGUACUCUGGCUUCACCCACAGUAAUCUCGGAGGUGCCAGCCACUGAGAAUCCCUAGUGCUUGCCCUGAGGAGCUCACAGCCUUGUGAGAGACACAGAGACUUAAAUGGGCCCAUUGCUUGGUAACACGUGCCGUAAUGGAAGCUUGGUCUCAGCCAAGAGCCAGAACAGAGAAGGGAGCAUCUCCAUAGGGCCUGGCACAGAGUCGGGGGCCCACAAUAUCUGUGGUUCUGAAUAAAAGUUUCCGGCCCCUCAUUUAGUGAAUGUCUGGCUUGUCUUCACACCAACUCCAGCUCUCAAGAAUAGUUUUUACUGAGCCAAUAAGUUUAAACACCUGGACGCUGAACCUUGUAUCAGGUCCUGCCUAGAGUGGGAUUAUACGAAGAAGCAAAGAAAUGGCUGUCUUCUAGAAGCUGAAAGUUGGAUGUUAGGAGCACAAGCUUUACCUUUGUGAACCAGCAUGAGAAGCAGGAGAAAAGUGGGUCAGCUUGGGAGAAAGGCUUCCAGGAAACUGCCCAAAGGGAGGAGAAAGGGAAGGCUUUUGUGGCUCAGAGGAAUAAGGUAGCAGUAACUCACCGUAUUUUGCAUUUGUUUCUUCAACAAAUGCCUACUACGAAUCAGGCACUGGGCUAGGUGAGUGAACAAAACUGACAUGAUUCCUGCUCUCAGGAGCCUAUAUAGUAUAGUGGAGGAGGCUGACUUCAUCCAAGUGAUCAUGAUAAGUGUUAUAAAGAAGGACAGGGUGCUCUGAAAUUGUUAACAGGGGUUUUGACCCAGACAAAGAGGUUGGGGAGGGCUUCCUUGAGGAAGUGAAUUUGAGCCGGAAGUCUGCAGGGUGAGUCAAGGAGGGAGGAGCAUAUGCAAAGGGCCCAGUGGCAGGGAGAACACAGUGAAUCAAGAGUGAGGGGCUGGUGUGGGAUCAGGCUGGGUGGGGGGCAGGCAGGGCCUUGAGCGUGCAAGUCUGUGGAGCCAGGGCCACACAGACAUGAAAUGUUCUGCUUUAUUGGAGGGAAUUAUGUGACCCCAGCUAUAAUGGAGGAAGAGGCUACAGGUGGCUGUAGGAAUGGAGGGUGAGGGAUGAAUUCACGCCUGGAGGUCCAGGGAUAUUCUAACUGAAGACAGGGUGUUUGAGCGCGGCAUCAUGGACAAGAUCCUGGAGGCGGUGGUGACAUCCUCGUACCCCGCGAGUGUGAAGCAGGGCCUGGUGCGGCGCGUGCUGGAGGCGGCGCGGCAGCCGCUGGAGCGGGAGCAGUGCCUGGCGCUGCUGGCGCUGGGCGCGCGCCUCUACGUGGGCGGCGCGGAGGAGCUGCCGCGCCGCGUGGGCUGCCAGCUGCUACACGUGGCCGGUCGCCACCACCCGGAAGUCUUCGCCGAGUUCUUCAGCGCGCGCCGCGUGCUUCGCCUGCUGCAGGGUGGCGCCGGCCCGCCGGGCGCCCGUGCUCUCGCCUGCGUACAGCUGGGCCUGCAGCUGUUACCCGAGGGGCCCGCGGCCGACGAGGUGUUUGCGCUGCUCCGGCGGGAGGUGCUGCGCACCGUGUGUGAGCGCCCAGGGCCCGCGGUCUGCGCGCAAGUCGCCCGGUUACUGGCGAGGCAUCCGCGCUGCGUCCCCGACGGCCCGCACCGCCUGCUUUUCUGCCAGCAGCUGGUGCGCUGCCUGGGUCGCUUCCGUUGUCCGGCCGAGGGCGAGGAGGGCGCCGUGGAGUUCCUGGAGCAGGCCCAGCAGGUGAGCGGGCUCCUGGCGCAGCUGUGGCGCGCUCAGCCCGCUGCCAUCCUGCCCUGCCUGAAGGAGCUGUUUGCAGUCAUCUCUUGCACAGAGGAAGAGCCUCCAUCUAGCGCCCUGGCCAGCGUGGUCCAGCACCUCCCAUUGGAGCUAAUGGAUGGUGUCGUCCGGAACCUCAGCAAUGAUGACAGUGUGACAGACUCUCAGAUGCUGACGGCCAUCAGCAGGAUGAUCGACUGGGUGUCAUGGCCCCUGGGAAAGAACAUUGACAAGUGGAUCAUUGCACUGUUGAAGGGCUUGGCCGCUGUUAAGAAGUUCAGCAUCUUGAUUGAGGUUUCGCUCGCCAAAAUUGAGAAGGUUUUCUCCAAGCUUCUGUACCCCAUUGUCCGGGGAGCUGCCUUGUCUGUCCUCAAGUACAUGCUCCUGACCUUCCAGCACUCCCAUGAAGCCUUCCACCUGCUCCUCCCUCACAUCCCCCCCAUGGUGGCCUCUCUGGUCAAGGAGGACUCCAACUCGGGGACCAGCUGCUUGGAGCAGCUGGCGGAGCUGGUCCAUUGCAUGGUCUUCCGGUUUCCAGGCUUCCCAGAUCUGUAUGAGCCUGUCAUGGAGGCCAUUAAGGACCUCCAUGUUCCCAAUGAGGACCGCAUCAAGCAGCUGCUGGGGCAAGAUGCCUGGACCUCGCAGAAGAGUGAGCUGGCUGGUUUCUACCCCCGGCUCAUGGCCAAGUCAGACACGGGCAAGAUUGGUUUAAUCAAUUUGGGAAACACAUGCUACGUGAACAGCAUUCUUCAAGCCUUAUUCAUGGCUUCUGACUUCAGACACUGUGUGCUCAGAUUGACAGAGAACAACUCACAGCCCUUGAUGACCAAGCUGCAGUGGCUCUUUGCCUUCCUGGAGCACAGCCAGAGGCCUGCCAUUUCUCCAGAGAAUUUCCUGUCUGCAUCCUGGACACCCUGGUUCAGCCCUGGCACCCAGCAGGACUGCUCUGAGUACCUGAAGUACCUGUUGGAUCGGCUACACGAGGAGGAGAAGACGGGGACCAGGAUCUGCCAAAAGCUCAAGCAGUCCAGCUCGCCCUCCCCACCGGAGGAGCCCCCCAGCCCAAGUCCCACCUCUGUGGAGAAGAUGUUCGGAGGCAAGAUUGUUACUCGGAUACGCUGCCUCCACUGCCUCAACGUCUCCUCCAGGGAAGAGGCCUUCACGGACCUCUCUCUCGCUUUCCCCCCCACCGACCGCUGUCGCCGCCGCCGCCUGGGCUCAGUGAUGCUCCCUGCAGAGGACGUUGGGGUCGGGGACCCCCCGUCACCAUCCCAAGCCCAGGUUCCAAGCAGGGUGGGUUCUCGGAGGCAGAGGAAACAUUGCGUCACGGGGGACGCCCCCGCUGCUGUCCUGGACAUUGAAGGUCUGGGCCCCCAGGGACCUGGGGGGCAGAUCAGUGGGGAAGAGAAGGUGGAGAGGGAGGAGGAAGUGGAGGAGGAAGCUCAGGAGGAGGAGAGGCCCCGAGAGCAGGAGGAGGAGGAAGAGAAAGAGAAGGAGGCGGUGGCAGAGGAGGAAGAGAAGGCUGAGAAGGAGAAGGAGGCAGAGACCGCAAAGGAGAAGGAAGAGGACGGCUCGGGGCCAGGGAGCCAGAGGGGCGCCGCCGGGGAGGGCUCCCGGUCCGUCCUGGACCUGGUCAACUACUUCCUGUCCCCCGAGCGGCUGACGGCGGAGAACCGCUACUACUGCGAGCCUUGUGCCUCGCUGCAGGACGCCGAGAAGGCAGUGGAGCUGAGCCAGGGGCCGCGCUACCUCAUCCUGACCCUGCUGCGCUUCUCCUUCGACUUGCGCUCCAUGCGCCGCCGCAAGAUCCUGGACGACGUCUCCAUCCCCUUGCUGCUCCGCCUGCCUCUGGCCGGGGGCCGCGGCCAGGCCUACGACCUCUGCAGUGUCGUCGUGCACUCGGGAGUGUCCUCGGAGAGCGGCCACUACUACUGCUAUGCCCGCGAGGGCGCCGCCCGCCCGGCCCCCUCUUUGGGCGCUGCGGACAGGCCCGAGCCCGAGAACCAGUGGUACCUGUUCAACGACACUCGGGUGUCCUUCUCUUCCUUCGAGUCCGUCAGUAAUGUCACCUCCUUCUUCCCCAAGGACACGGCCUACGUGCUCUUUUACCGGCAGCGGCCUGGGGAGGGGCCUGAGACCGAGCCGAGCUCUCCCAGAGGUCGGGCAGAGCCCACCCUCCACAAAGACUUGAUGGAGGCCAUUUCCAAAGACAACAUCCUUUACCUGCAGGAGCAGGAGAAGGAGGCACGGAGCAGGGCGGCCUACAUCUCUGCACUCCCAGCAUCUCCGCACUGGGGGAGGGGCUUCGAUGAAGACAAGGAUGAGGACGAAGGCUCUCCGGGAGGCUGCAAUCCUGCAGGUGGCAAUGGCGGGGACUUCCACAGACUGGUCUUCUAAUGUGGACUCUUCCCCAGCCUGAAACCUCAGGGGAGGCCUUGACCCCUUCCCUCUGGGAACUGGGUGGGGACAGAGGCGCUCUGCCAGGUGGGGUCUGAGGAGGCGGGAGAGGUGGAGAGGAAGCUUCUGGGACACCGGUCCUCAGCCUGAAGGGUCUGCAGAGACUCGGAUAUGGAGGUGAGCCCCAAGCCCCUGACACUGGGAUCAGCCCCUUUAAGAUUUUACACCCAAGUGUCCUGGUCAACUUGAAGCAGCUUCGAUGGACACUGUCUGGGCCUUGUCCCCGUCUCCCCAGCAGGGCUGAACUCCACAGCUCUAGUGUUUUGGCAUCUAGUAGCAUUUCCCUUCUAGCUCCUUUCAGACAAUCCUAUUGCUCUCUAUUACAAAAAGCAGAGCAGCAUGUGGGGACCUGUGUGUCACAGCGGUGGCCACCUUCUUGUUUCUCUGAGGGGGGUUUCAGAGGCACUGUGUGUGGUUGCCUGCGCCCGUUGUACUUUUUGGAGAGGAGUGGAGGUGGGAAGCAGCCUGGCACAGGAUCAGAGAUGGUCUCCCUCCACACCAAACAGUGGUGUGUAGAGGGGAGGACAGUCCCCUCGUCACAGCGGGAGACCCUUACUCCCCAGUCCCCUUCCCCCCUAGCCUGCCUCAGUGCCUGAGAUGCCACCUUUUGCAUCCCCUUUCUGGUGAAGAUAGAGAAUCCUUAUUUUACUGCAAAUGUGUUUGUGUUGCUCGCGAAGCCAUUGUCCGUCCUGAGGAAAGCUGGCUGGCUCAGCUCCUCAUCAGUUGGCUUUAGAGUGCGGCCUGGGGGCUGGUGGGGGUGGUUUGGUAGAGGAGCAGAUAUUGACCUCAUUGUGCCCUGACACUGCUGUACCCUUCUAAAUGGAGAGGAGAGACUCAGGGUCUCAAACAGGAAUAAAAACAGGUUCUCUGAA